CAUUCGGAACGUCCACGAACUGCGUUACAGUUUGGGAACGCUGCAGCUAAGUUGACCUCGUACAAUCAUACUUCCUGACGCGUCCUCCACAUUUGUGGUACGUCCAUUCGUAGGAUUCGUAUAUUACAGAAGUUGUCGUCUUAUAUUUUGCUGCCUUUGUGUUGGGGACGGUGCACUGAGGAGACCAAAUUUUACGAUUCUUCUGCUGACUGCUGAUCUCGAGGAUGUAGUGUUGUGCUCUUCAAAUAGCUAUAAUAGGCAGGUGCAGUUCCUCUCGAAAUUUGGCAAAAUUUUGCAUUGAUAAAACACAAGAGUUGGAGGACUACAGUUUAAUCAACCUGACCUACCCGAGAUAUUGUGUAGAUCGGAGGGAUAAACUUCAAGAACGUGUGAAAAGUUAAUGUGAAAAAUGUAUUCCACAGUACAGAACUUGUCAAUAAAUCGGAUAAUACUUAGAAUGUGAAGAUUGACCAUUAAAGUGUAGAGACUCAAACGGUGCUACAACAAUUCAGAAUUAUUAUUUAAUGUUCCUGUUGCUUUAAAGUGUACAAUGUGAUGUUUAAUAAUACAUAGUAAAUAAUUAGUAGAUAGUAGUGAUUGAUUCUGAAAAAACUAUUAUAUUGAGGGUGCAUUUAUCUUAUCUCAAACGUCGAUGAAUCUGCCCCCACCAGCAUCGACCCUCUAGGUGAAGUACCUGCUCAUCCAUCCAUUAUUACGAACCUUACCAAUUCCAACCUCACUAGCUAUAUAACAAAUCACACUGGGCGAGGCGUUCAAAAUAUACAAACCGAUAAACCGUCGAAGAAAUAAUCAGUGCACUGCCGUAAAUAAGAGAUUUAUUUAUACAAUCCUAUCCAAGCAAUCAUCAUGAGCCAAAAUCAGUCAAGCCUCCCUCUGUUGACAUCAACUACUCCAGCGUCAGUGUUAGUCAAACUGGGCGUGGUGGACAAAGGAACAUUUCUACACUCUACAUUUGUUCAAGUUAUCGCCGGAGCUUUCGUUUGGGCAGCCCUAAUUAUAACUUGCCAUCACAUUUUCCAGCACUUGCGAUGGUACACUCAUUCAACGGAACAGCGUUGGAUUGUCCGAAUUCUAUUUAUCGUCCCCAUCUAUGGAUUUGAUUCUUGGUUAAGUCUCUUGUUUUUCAACAAUGAGCACCUGUACAUUUACUUCGAUACUGUGCGGGACUGCUAUGAAGCAUUCGUCAUAUAUUCCUUCUUGUCCCUGUGUUACGAAUACCUUGGAGGAGAGGGGUCAAUCAUGUCUGAACUCAGAGGCAAGCCUAUCAAGUCAAACUUCAUGUAUUGCACUUGCUGCUUAUCUGGAAAAACAUACACAAUAGGCUUCCUCAGGUUUUGCAAGCAGGCGACAUUGCAGUUUUGUUUGGUGAAACCAGUGAUGGCUAUUUUGACAAUUAUCUUGCAGUCGAUGGGACUAUACCAUGAUGGAGAUUGGAGCCCAAGUACGAGUUACUUGUAUAUUACCAUGAUCUACAAUGUUUCCGUGAGUUUGGCCCUGUAUGGAUUGUUCCUCUUUUAUUUCGCCACGAAAGAAAUGUUGACUCCAUUCGACCCUGUCUUGAAAUUCUUUACAAUCAAAUCGGUCAUUUUCCUCUCAUUUUGGCAAGGAGUAUCUCUCGCUAUUCUCGAAAAAGCUAAAGUAAUUGGACCUCUGUAUGAUGAGAACAAUGUUCAAUUCGCUCCAGGAAGUGUGGCUGCUGGAUAUCAAAAUUUCUUCAUCUGCAUUGAGAUGUUCUUCGCAGCAGUGGCACUGAAAUAUGCUUUCCCAGUGAAUGUGUAUUCCGGCAGUUCGGCUGAUGGUCCUGGAAGAAGUGUCACAAUGCAAAGUAUUUCCAGCAGUUUGAAGGAAACGAUGAACCCGAGGGACAUAAUGACGGAUGCGAUACACAAUUUCCAUCCACAGUACCAGCAGUAUACUCAAUACUCUGGAUCUGGUCCAGAUGCGCAAUGAGAACAAACGCUGCUAUUUUAUCUUAUGUAGUUCAAUUCUUUAAUGCGUCGUUAUUCGUACAAUAUUGAUAGUCAAUUUUGCCGACUACCACUGCGCAAAUGCCACGCGUAUCAUUCCUCAGCCGCCACGGUGAACAGAUCACCAAUUAACAGCAAAUACACGGUCGAAUUUAUUAAUUUUUUUACAUGAAUUUAUUUUAUAUUCUUGUGUUGUGUUAUAAAUCAUAUUUAAUUAGUUUUACUUUAGAUGGUUGGUAGCUAUACAUAUUGUAGAACUCUCAGCAUGAAGCUUUAUUAUUAUUGUCAAUAUUAUUGUUGUUCUAACUUUAAUACACAGCCAACCUCCUCGUAUAACAUUUUUAGAUCCGGCUGGAUCGACUGUUAAAGAGGAUAUUACUUGUGAUUUAGUUGUGCACUCGGAUUUUAAAGAAGUUAGCUUUGCAUAGCUGACAUGCUUUUUUGGACUGUUUAUGGAUCGACUUUUCAACUUUUUCUUGUUAAGGUGAAACGGGUCUGAAUCUUCAUUGUUAUAUAAAUGUAAUUGCGUAUCAAUAAUGUCUGCAGCUGAAAUCUCACAGAACCACUGACAUUAAAAUUCAAAACUUAAGCUACAGUUUAUUUCUCGGAUUUAUUUAGUGAAUUCAAUUAAAAUUGUUCUGACACAGUUCCAGGACAUUGUAAAACUGUACAAGGAGACUAAUCAGUUGCAUAUAUCAGAAUUUUUGAACGAUAAAACUUUAGGUUUAGAUGAGACUUUUUUGGAGAAAUUUAGUCAUAAUUGUAACUAAUUAUGUAAGUGUAAAACUACUUAGCUCCAUACAGUCAAAAAUGUGUCGUAAUCAAAAUAUUUCAUGUACCUCUAUUUAAUCAAAGCAUCAUAAUACUACAUUUUUAGCUAGGCUUUUAUGAAUGCAUGAUAAGCGAGUACCCAUUAAGAGAAAGAGAGAGAAAGAAAGAAAAAUGGCGUCGAGAAGUUCUUUUCGGAGAAAGCAGAGGAUCCUCUAUAUAACGUAAAGUUAUGAAUGAUUAUAAUUAUUACUACAACAUGCAAUCACUAUACACCACUGCUAAAUACGUAUAUAUUAAAAUAUGUAUUAUUAAUUACGGUACAAUACGACAUAAUGAUGAUAAAAAGGUGUAAUAUUGAGAAAUUACUUAAAUAAAUUUUACGGAACGAAUCGAA